UGCCUGUGUUCCGGAGUGAAGACUGGCUCUACCGCAGUGGAAAAUGUCCGCUGCACCGCCUGUCACAGACCGGCAUGUUUGUAACCGACAUGAACGUGAGGAGCCCCCGGCGCUGAACCGGAGAGGAGGCGGACACGCUGCUCCACGACAGACCGCCCCACACCUCCAGCGUCACCGGGCCGAUGGCAGCGAGACCCGACCUGGACCACCCAUUGAUCCCAGUGCCGGGUGGCCCCAUGUGGAAGACCCCACCACCAGAGAGCCUCUGCUGGAUGACUGUGAGCGGAUGGGGACUUUGUUUGGGAUGCUCAACAAGUGCCUGCGAGCGAUGGGCUUCAGCCAGAUGUACUUUGGAGACAAGAUAGUGGAGCCGGUAUUGAUUGUGUUCUUCUGGCUGCUGCUCUGGUUCCUGGGUAUUCAGGCCCUGGGACUGGUGGGAACUCUGUGCAUCAUCAUCAUCUACAUCCAGAAGUAAUGAGAGCCGACAAUAGGCUAAGCCUGCUGUUUUCUUUGGUUAAUACUUACACAUGCAGGACUGUAAUAGCAACGGAUGUCAUGACGGAAUAUUAGGUGGAUUUAUGGUUUUUAGGGGGGGGGGGGGGGCUAUACUGCUCUGUAGUGAUAGAGACAGACAGACCUUAGCUGCUUUCUGGAAAUGCUGUAAAGCUUGUUGAGUCAGGAUUCUUCAGGAUUGUCUGGUCUGGAGCGUCUCCAGCCUCAGUAGAAAGCAGGCGAGCUGUCCUGCUGCCGCUGCUGAUGUGACAUAAUGUUAUCGAUCCUGUGAUUUAAAGGAACGGAAACACAUGGUGGGGAAAUGCUUUGUUUCUGUUUGAGUCAGAGGCCAAGAGUGCCUGUGCUCAGGAGAUCAAGCUGCACACAUCUGUGUGGAGUCUAACACUUUGCUGUCAUACACUGUGAAUGUGGCUUGCAGGGACAGCAGUAAUAUGACUUCAAUCACUAAGCGUCAGAAACGGUGUCUGGAAGUAAGCUGACACAGAAUGCAUAAUAUGUUCUUGCGAAACCUUUUUUGCUGUAAAAUGUUUACUCAGUUCUCCAAGCGCUCUCUAACAGUCUGUCACAAAGUCAUAUCUUUAAAUAACUUUUGAAUAUCUUCUGUCCCAGCAUUCACUGGGGAAGUAUUAAUUGGCCUGUGGUCCAAACUUACUUGUGCUAUGUAUGCACACUGUAUUCUGAUGAAUGGAAAAGUGGAACUAUUCUUAUUGCCCUGAAAUUGCACAUGUCUACUAGAUACAAGUAGAAGUCUUCUCAAGGGAGUAGUCAGAAGUGUGAAGAAUGUAAAUAUGCCUUUCUCAAAGUCAUGGAAAGGUUUGAAAUUGGUAAAAUGGAUAAAACUUAAAACUGGGAUUUGUUUUGGAAAUGUGUUCAACAACAGAUCAAAUAUUCUCAUGCCAAUUCAACUGUGGAUUGACAGAGUACAUUUUUAUACUGGGUGAAACUUACAGUAAAGUACAGUUUGCUUUGUCUUCCAGUUAGUCUCACUGGUGUUCAGCUGAGGGACUUUACAGUGUUAAUGUUUGCAUAGAGCUGGUCAGGUAAACUGAUGAUGUCAAGAUAAGCAUAUCACCCUGGAUGUUUCUUAGGGCUUUGGUUACAUUGCAAAAUGCUGUGUAUAUGCAAUAUGUAUUUUUAGUCUGCAUGACAUUUAGGUUAACUCGACCUAUCAGCCUGCUUUAUUUAAGGGGAUUAACUCUAAGGGCCCUAACUACCUGGAACAGGGCAGUGCUGAGUGAAAUGCAAAUGUGCUCACCUCCAUCUAAGCACCCAUGGGUGUGCUGGUCUUAAAAUGAGGUGUGGUCAGACACAUUUUUGGUGCAUGAUAUCUUGAGGCAGUGGGAAGAGACAGUGGUGCAGAAUUUCACUUUUAUUUGAAUGCUCAUUAUCAGAUAGGGAUAGGCUUUUACAAAAGCAGAUGCACAACUAGUGCACACUCAGCUUGUUGCACACACACACACACCACCCCACACAAACACACGCAUACGCAUGAUCUCUUUUAUCGGCAGAGAAAUGUUCUGAAAGGUCCACCAUCUUAAUAUGAAUCCAUCAAGGAGCCUGCUCACCUGGCCUAUGAAGGGAUUGGGAGCUGGUGCUCUAAUUGGUGUGCUGAAUAUUCCUCCGAAAAAACACACCCAUUCUUAAAGGAGUAGUUCACCCAAAACACUUUUGGAUUUUCAGGGGUAAACAGCGUCGCAGGUCUUUUAGGUGAACUAUGCCUUUAAGAGACUAUAAAUACACACCUUUGGAACCAUGAGCCUGGUGCAGUGACAAUAUUUCCUGCAAUUAAGCAAACAGAAAUGGAUUUAAAUGAAAACUAAAUGCGUUCUUUCCCAUGAGUUUAUAUAAUUUUAAUAGAACCCUGAAUGCCUUUUCAAAUGCCCUGGGCAAGAUGAUGAACCUCAAAUUGCCAUCAAUGUGGUUGUGGGAUGAAUAAGUUAUAUAUCUAAGUAUAGACGUACUGCAUGAAUGUGUGUGUCAGUAGGUGAAUGUGGCUCAAUGAGUUAAGUCCUCUGAGUGGUUUUUAAGACUAGAAGAGACAUUUAGCGUCAAGCCCAGACUCCUGCAGUGCCCCCCACAGGGUCACCUGGGUUACACGGCCAUAAGCCUCCUGCAAGUUUACCAAACACAUGUUGUCUGGAUGAUCAAACUCCCAUAAUCCCCUUAGCACUCCUAAAGGUUAAAGAGCUGGUCAAGUGUUCAACAGUCAGGAUGGAAUGUGCACUGUUCCUCCUGAAUCUAGAGUUUGACAAUCAGUCUGAGCCUCCUCUCCAGCAUCCAGUCACAGAAAGACCAACCCAAAUGUUUAGUGUUCUGUGGGACGUGUUGCUGGAUGGAUGAUUGUUCUUUAAGUCAUGCUUGACUCCACAGUUGCUAACAUGACCACUAUCGUUUAUGAGCCAUAAGCAAGUGUACAAGUUCCCUCAACAAGAUCUGCUGAAGUCACCACGAGGAGUCAACACUUUACUGCUCUGAUUAAAUGCAUUCACAUUAAGCAUAUCUUAAAAAUAUUUGACGCAUCAUUUCUCCCCAAAACUGUUCACUAUUAAUGGUUGCGUAUGAAUGUAGAUGAAUUGUGACAGGACAUUAAAUACAUAACAGUGUGGGAACACGUGGAGCUGGAUGUUGGUAGGGUUGGACCUUUAAUUGUAAUGAUGGUCUCAGGUAGUUUUAUACCGUUAAUCACAUUUCACUCUUCUGUUGUUUUUGUAUAUUGUGUUGACAUCUUAAAAUGUGCAGGCGUCCAUGUGAACUGAUCACACACUGUAGUCAUCUCACUGAUUCUAAAUGUAACUGCUGAGCUUGGGGGAAGCAUUACCACUCGCUCACUGAAACUCAUGCUGCAUCUACCCCACUAAGAAAAAUCAUUCUUGUUAUCAUAAUUAUUUGUUUAUAAGGCAUCUGUACUGAGAGUUUAAUGUGCUAAAGAAAUGUGGAAUUUAAGUGUUUGGCACUUUGUAUGAUUAAAAGUUAGCGUUCCUAAAAAUGUU